GAGCCCUGGCUGGCCAGCCCCCGCUGCCCAGGUCAGCCUGGAUGCCAGCCCACCCUAUCACUGUCUCAAGCAGCCACUUCCAGUCCAAUAUAAAGGAUUAUUCCAUCCCCAAUGCCAGCUGGAGCCCAGUCAUGGUGGGGCUGUAUAACGAACUCAUGGAGAAGACUGUGGAUGGGUCAUGGACGCGACUUCCAGGUUGUUGGCGCUCUCUGCAGUUACUGAAAGAGGCAGACCUUGCUAGGAUUGCUAAGGCUGUCCCCAUCCAAAUGAUUGAAGAUGCCCGCCUCUUUCUACGGAUCACAGAUACAGAGAGACUCGGCUUUGAGUAUGUCAUCUUCCACAGUGACUCGGAGAAGAAGUGUGUCUGCUUGUUCCAGCCUGGGCCCCUCCUGGAGGGGCUGCCUGGGAUCAUCCAUGGCGGUGCGCUGGGGACCAUGAUAGACACCACGUUUUUCACAACGGCAUACUACAGUGCCAAUGCAGUCUUUACAGGGACCAUGACCAUCACCUUCAGGAGCCCAGUCAUCCUCGGCUCCGUGGUGAGGCUGGAGGCAACGGUAACUGGCACAGAAGGAAGAAAGGUAUUUCUCUCUUGUGAAGCCCAAAACAGUGACGGGACCAUCCUCUUUGCCGAAGCUUCUGCCAUCUUCUUCCAAAUGAAGUGACACAGACGCAAGGCACUGUAAGGCACAUCUCCUCCUGCCCUGGAGGGCAGGAAACCAAGCUUCCUUUGGAGCAGCUUCUGUUUCCCCCAUUCAUCUCCCUUCCCAUGUUUACUCCAGCUCUUUCCUUCUUGGAUUGUGGAAACGCCUCCAAAUG